AUGCCGAAGCGAAACUAUGACCCUGCGUACAUAAAAUAUGGCUUCAUUGCAAUCGAACGUGGAGGAAAAGCUCUUCCGCAGUGUGUACUCUGUAUGAAGUCCAUUUCCAAUGCAGCCAUGAAACCCAGUCUGCUCAAACGUCAUCUUGAGACGAAUCACAUGGACAAGAAGGACAGAGACCAGGGUUACUUCCAGCGACUUGGCGAGAACGUAAAGCGGCAACGCAUAUACAAGACUGGCCAGAUAUACCAGAAGAGAGCAGGAAUUGUGAAAGCAUCCUAUGAAGUUGUUCUCCUGGAGGCCAAAAACAUGAAGGCGCAUACUAUUGCUGAGUCUAUCGGACAUGCCAGCGGCAAAGACCUUGGUCAGGUACGGGAUUGGAGAGGGAACGGCGGCGAAGUUGGAGAGUGUUUCUGUCUCUAA